AUGAGUAGUCAACACAACAGCUCCUCCAACUACCUUAGUAGUCAACACAACAGCUCAUUCAACUACCCCAGUAGUCAACACAACAGCUUCUCCAACUACCCCAGUAGUCAACGCAACAGCUCGUUCAACUUUUCCAGUAGUCAGUGCAACAGCUUCUCCAACUACCCCAGUAGUCAACGCUACAGCUCGUUCAACUACCCCAGUAGUCAACACAACAGCUCGUUCAACUACCCCAGUAGUCAACGCUACAGCUCAUCCAACUACCCCAGUUGUCAACGCUACAGCUCCUCCAACUACCCCAUUAGUCAACACAACAGCUCGUUCAACUACCCCAGUAGUAAACACAACAGCUCAUUCAACUACCCCAGUAGUCAACACAACAGCUCAUUCAACUACCCCAGUAGUCAACACAACAGCUCAUUCAACUACCCCAGUAGUCAACACAACAGCUACUCCAACUACCCCAGUAGUCAACACAACAGCUACUCCAACUACCCCAGUAGUGAACACAACAGCUUCUCCAACUACCCAAGUAGUCAACGCAACAGCUCGUUCAACUACCCCAGUAGUCAACACAACAGCUCGUUCAACUACCCCAGUAGUCAACGCUACAGCUCCUCCAACUACCCCAGUUGUCAACGCUACAGCUCCUCCAACUACCCCAUUAGUCAACACAACAGCUCAAGUCAACACAACAGCUAUUCCAACUACCCCAGUAGUCAACGCAACAGCUCGUUCAACUUUACCAGUAGUCAAGGCAACAGCUCGUUCAACUACCCCAGUAGUCAACGCUACAGCUCCUCCAACUACCCCAGUAGUAAACACAACAGCCCGUUCAACUUUUCCAGUAGUCAACGCAACAGCUCGUUCAACUACCCUAUUACUAAACGCUACAGCUCCUCCAACUACCCAUGUAGUCAACGCUACUGCUCGUUCACCUACCCCAGUAGUAAACGCUACAGCUCCUCCAACUACCCCAUUAGUCAACACAACAGCUCGUUCAACUACCCCAGUAGUCAACACAACAGCUCAUUCAACUACCCCAGUAGUCAACACAACAGCUCAUUCAACUACCCCAGUAGUCAACACAACAGCUCAUUCAACUACUCUAGUAGUCAACACAACAGCUCAGUCAACUACCCCAGUAGUGAACAAAACAGCCUCUCCAACUACCCCAGUAGUCAACGCAACAGCUCGUUCAACUACCACAGUAGUCAACACAACAGCUCGUUCAACUACCCCAGUAGUCAACGCUACAGCUCCUCCAACUACCCCAGUAGUAAACACAACAGCCCGUUCAACUUUUCCAGUAGUCAACGCAACAGCUCUCAACGCUACAGCUCGUUUAACUACUCCAGUUGUCAACGCUACAGCUCCUCCAACUACCCCAUUAGUCAACACAACAGCUCGUUCAACAACCCCAGUAGUCAACACAACGGCUCAUUCAACUACCCUAGAAGUAAACACAACAGCUCAUUCAACUACCCCAGUAGUCAACACAACAGCUCGUUCAAUUACCCCAGUAGUCAACGCUACAGCUCCUCCAACUACCCCAUUAGCCAACACAACAGCUCGUUCAACUACCCCAGCAGUCAACAAAACAGCUUCUCCAACUACCCCAGUAGUCAACGCAACAGCUCGUUCAACUUUACCAGUAGUCAAGGCAACAGCUCGUUCAACUACCCCAGUAGUCAACGCUACAGCUCCUCCAACUACCCCAGUAGUAAACACAACAGCCUCUUCAACUUUUCCAGUAGUCAACGCAACAGCUCGUUCAACUACCCUAUUAGUAAACGCUACAGCUCCUCCAACUACCCAUGUAGUCAACGCUACAGCUCGUUCAACUACCCCAGUAGUAAACGCUACAGGUCCUCCAACUACCCCAUUAGUCAACACAACAGCUCGUUCAACUACCCCAGUAGUCAACACAACAGCUCAUUCAACUACCCCAGUAGUCAACACAACAGCUCAUUCAACUACCCCAGUAGUCAACACAACAGCUCAGUCAACUACCCCAGUAGUCAACACAACAGCUACUCCAACUACCCCAGUAGUGAACAAAACAGCCUCUCCAACUACCCCAGUAGUCAACGCAACAACUCGUUCAACUACCCCAGUAGUCAACGCUACAGCUCCUCCAACUACCCCAGUAGUAAACACAACAGCCCGUUCAACUUUUCCAGUAGUCAACGCAACAGCUCGUUCAACUACCCCAGUAGUAAACGCUACAGCUCCUCCAACUACCCCAUUAGUCAACACAACAGCUCGUUCAACUACCCCAGUAGUCAACACAACAGCUCAUUCAACUACCCCAGUAGUCAACACAACAGCUCAUUCAACUACCCCAGUAGUCAACACAACAGCUCAGUCAACUACCCCAGUAGUCAACACAACAGCUACUCCAACUACCCCAGUAGUGAACAAAACAGCCUCUCCAACUACCCCAGUAGUCAACGCAACAACUCGUUCAACUACCCCAGUAGUCAACGCUACAGCUCCUCCAACUACCCCAGUAGUAAACACAACAGCCCGUUCAACUUUUCCAGUAGUCAACGCAACAGCUCGUUCAACUACCCCAGUAGUCAACGCUACAGCUCCUCCAACUACCCCAUUAGUCAACGCUACAGCUCCUCCAACUACCCAUGUAGUCAACGCUACAGCUCGUUUAACUACUCCAGUUGUCAACGCUACAGCUCCUCCAACUACCCCAUUAGUCAACACAACAGCUCGUUCAACAACCCCAGUAGUCAACACAACAGCUCAUUCAACUACCCUAGAAGUAAACACAACAGCUCAUUCAACUACCCCAGUAGUCAACACAACAGCUCGUUCAAUUACCCCAGUAGUCAACGCUACAGCUCCUCCAACUACCCCAUUAGUGAACACAACAGCUCGUUCAACUACCCCAGUAGUCAACACAACAGCUUCUCCAACUACCCCAGCAGUCAACGCAACAGCUCAUUCAACUACCCCAGUAGUCAACGCUACAGCUCCUCCAACUACCCCCGUAGUCAACACAACAUCUCUCAACGCAACAGCUCGUUCAACUACCCCAGUAGACAACACAACAGCUCGUUCAACUACCCCAGUAGACAACACAACAGCUCGUUCAACUACCCCAGUAGUCAACACAACAGCUCGUUCUACUACCCCAGUAGUCAACACAACAGCAUCUCCAACUACCCCAGUAGUCAAUGCAACAGCUUUUCCAACUUCCCCAGUUGUCAAGGGAACAGCUCGUUCAACUACCCCAGUAGUCAACGCAACAGCUCAUUCAACUACCCCAGUAGUCAACGCAACAGCUCGUUCUACUACCCCAUUAGUCAACACAACAGCUCGUUCUACUACCCCAUUAGUCAACACAACAGCUCGUUCUACUACCCCAUUAGUCAACACAACAGCUCGUUCUACUACCCCAUUAGUCAACACAACAGCUCGUUCUACUACCCCAGUAGUCAACACAACAGCUCGUUCAACUACCCCAGUAGUCAACACAACAGCUCGUUCAACUACCCCAAUAGUCAACACAACAGCUCGUUCUACUACCCCAUUAGUCAACACAACAGCUCGUUCAACUACCCCAGUAGUCAACACAACAGCUCGUUCAACUACCCCAGUAGUCAGCACAACAGCUCGUUCAACUUCCCUAGUAGUCAACACAACAGCUCGUCCAACUACCCUUAUAGUCAACACAACAGCUCUUUCAACUUUCCCAGUCAUCAACACAACAGCUCGUUCAACUUCCCCAGUAGUCAACACAACAGAUCGUUCAACUACCCCAGUAGUCAACACAAUAGCUCCAACUACCCCAGUAGUCAGUGCAACAACUUUUCCAACUACCCCAGUAGUCAACACAACAGCUCGUUCAACUACCCUAGUAGACAACACAACAGCUCGUUCAACUACCCUAGUAGACAACACAACAGCUCGUUCAACUACCCCCGUAGUCAACACAACAGCUCCUCUAACUACCCUAGUAGACAACACAAUAGCUUCUCCAACUACCCCAGUAGUCAGUGCAACAGCUUUUCCAACUACCCCAGUAGUCAACACAACAGCUCGUUCAACUACCCCAGUAGUCAACACAACAGCUCCCCGACCCACUGUCUUCUGUCUGUCUGCCUUGCCUCUCACUCUGGCACUGCUAAUGGUGGCGCCCCUGGCCGCUCCGGAAGACUAGUGGGCACCCCUGACUGCGCCCGACUGGCGGGCGACCCUGGCUGUGCUCGCCUGGCUGCUGACCCUGGCGGCUCCGGCCUGGCUGGCGGCUCCGGCCUGGCUGGCGGCUCCGGCCUGGCUGGCGGCUCCAGACUGCCCUUCUCCUUCCCCUCAGGCUACCUUGGAACGAUCCAUCUCAUCGCGCUGAUGUCCGGGAGGGCCCUCACCUGGGCUACUGCUGUAUGGAAAAAGCAGCCGGUCAUAUGCGUUAGUCUGGAGGGGUUCGUGGAAGAGGUGAAGAUGUUUUUUUUCGCCCCGUUCUCCGGGAGAGAAGCUGCCCUGGAGCUGAUCCAGCUUCGGCAGGACCUCUGCAGUGUGGCUGACUAUGCAGUGGAUAUCCGCACGUUGGCAGUGGAGAGUGCUUGGAACCAGGCCGCACUGUUCGAUAUGUUCCUGCAUGGCAUCUCAUAG